AUGGCGAGUUCGGAGAAGACACCGCUUCUCUCGGCGCCCCGUCGCCGCAGGUUCGUGUUCCUUAUGUUUCUCUUUCUAUAUUUACACGAUCUUGUCGAUGAAAGAGGCCGCGCCACUUUUACCCAGGUUUUCGUUGGGCCCACCUAUAGUUUUUAGGCUGGAAUUCUGAGAAUAUAUUUCUUUUAAGCUUCAUUUAUGAAUUUUUGUUUGCCGUUCAUAAACCGUAAAUUUCCUCAGUCAGAGUUCAUGAUACCAGCAAGUUUAUAUGUAAAAUAAUUUUUUUUAAGUUACCAGAGAACUUUUUGUUAAAGUAAAUUAAUAUUAAAGUCUCAAAAAAAUUUGUGAUUAUAUGAAAAAAGCUGCUUGAAACAAGCCAGCGGAAGAAUAGCGAAAGCAAUUCUGUCUUCUCUGACUCUCCAAAACUCAGUUAUCUUUUUAAGUCUCUGAUGGGUUUUUCAAAUUUCGCGGAAUCACUUCCGGCAUACCUCGGGCAUCAUUGACAAUCGGGCGUGUCGGGGCAUUUCUAGUGACCACUUUAGUAGCCUCAACACUCUUAUGUGAUCCCUAGAACUUCUCAGAAAAGCACGUCCGUUUCGCGGUACCAAUGUCCAAGUAUUUAUUGGCAUUUUUUCGUUGACUUAUUUUCGCAGCUUCUUUGUCAUUAACUGAUGAACAACUUUCUAGAUUUGAUUUCGUGAAUGAUUAAUUUAGCUUCUCAAUAAUUAAAAAUGAUCUUCAGAAUACUCCUGAGGUCAAAGUGAAAAAUCUUUUGAAGGCGUGUUGAUUUUCCGGAACCGUUUUUCACUGAUUUCUUGUAUAAAUUCUUAGUUACACUUAUCUUUCAUUAAAAGAAUUUAUUAUUUUCAUUAUUUACCGUAUGGAAAUAUGCCAAAAAAGCAGAUUUCCUUAUUUUUUUGUAUUUUUGUAUAGUGUCGGACCAUCAACUUUUCUCCUGAAUUUUACACCUUUUCUCAAAAAAAUUUGAAUAUUUUUUUAUAAGUUAUUUUUUUGAAAUGAUUGAAAAAUCGACCAACAUUCGAAAUGAAACGACUUAAUUAGACGUAAUGUCGUGAAUUUAGAAAAUUUCAUUUCCAAUGAAGUUCAUUUCUCGUCGGAGCAUUUCAAGUUCUCUGAACUCGAAAAGAUCCUAGACGGACUGCGUUUCUGCGUAUGACCACCGUUGGGAGUUCUCUGUAGGCCUAUAUUGUGAAAAUUAUGAAAAAUAUAGCCUAUUUUCGUACUCUUGGAUCGUAUUUUACACAUUUUUUGCAUUAUACUUAUCUAAUUGACAAGCGAUUCUAGAUCAAGAAACUUUUCAUUGGGGUAGAAUUCUUUGAAUUUUCAAGUUACAAGUUGAUACGGUUCAAUUUUAUUGUGUUAUAAGAGUUGCUCAUAAUUUUAAAAUAAUACUACUGUAGUUUAUCAAGAAUCUAUCUGAUCAAAAAAUCGCAGGGUAUGCUUUAUUUAUGUGAACCUUUACGCAUUCUUUCAUCGAUUUCAGCAGUUCUAGCAGCAAUGGUUCGGAGCCGCCACACGCCUACGUCACCAACUUGGGCUUGGUUUGUUUGGAACGUUUGCAACCGACUUCAAACGGUUUUCAGUUCUCUUACACGAGAGGUAUGGACCUGCUUCUCCUGAUUUCCGGCUCGGUCGCGUCCUUCAUCCAUGGAGCCGGAUUUCCUCUUUUGGCCAUUGGUUUCUUCAAAAAAAGUCUCUACUUCAGUUAUUCAUUUCCAGUGCUUGGUGGCAUGACAACGGUCUUUCUACGUGCUCAAAAUUCUGAAUUUGUUGUAGGGGUCGGAAAAGUGAACCCUGAAGGACUGCCUUCGAUUUCUCAGUAAGUUUUAUAGCUUUCUAAAACUUUUAAUAAGAAUUUGAUGAAGUAUCAAAAAAUUGUUGAAUAUAAUCAGGGAAGAGUUUGACGCCGAAGUCGUCAAGUUUUGCUGGUACUACCUCGGUCUCGGUGUCGCAAUGUUCCUCACCUCCUAUAUCCAAGUGGGCAGACAUUUUUGUAGAUUUUCUGUCGAUUGGAAACGUUUGACAUUGGCAUUUAACAAUUUGAAAAUAAUUUAUAAUUUCACAGCUUGGAAGGGUCUUUAUAGGCGUCUUCUGAAGCGGAAUCAGUCAUACCGAAUUUUUCUGUUUGUAUCGCUUUUUUUUAUGAACUCUAUGACAAGAAGCUCUUCCAAAUGAAUAAGCGUUUUAUAAAUGAAGUUGAAAGACCCCCAUAGGGACCACUUGAGCUUUAGGAACUAAGGGGUCAGACCCUAAACCCCUAUAGGGACCACCUUAAUUUUACCCCAAAGGUACCACUUUUUUGGCCCCUGUAGAAGGUGCUUUUCCUCCUAACCCAUAUAGGAGUCCCUCCUCUGGAAUUUCUAAGUAGUCCUUUUCUCAGUAACAUUUUAACAUUUGGUUUCUAAAUUUCUCUGUUUUCAGAUCUGCUGCUUCGAGUCAUAUGCGGAGAGAAUAGUGCACAAAUUGCGGCAAGACUACCUGAGAGCGAUUCUCCGGCAACAGAUCGAGUGGUUCGACAACCAGCAGACCGGCAACCUGACAUCGCGACUUACCGAGUACUUUUUUGAGGCCUUUUUGCAUUCUCAUGACCUGCUUCUGUAGCGAUUUGGAGCGCGUUCGUGAGGGGCUGGGUGAUAAGAUGGCUCUUUUCGUUCAGAUGAUGUCGGCCUUCGUCGCCGGCUACGGCGUUGGCUUCUUUUACAGGUACUUUUAGUUUGGGUAUGGAGUUUUGAGUUGAGACUUUUCGUGCUGAUAAGUCUGAUAAGAUUGUGAACACACUGAAUGGUUAUUAAUGGCUGCUAAAAGAGAGAGGCUCAAAAAAGACCGCUAAAAGAGUCCCUUUACUAGGAAUUUUAGUGGCCGCUAUAGAGGCACCAAGGACUACCUGGAGAGGACACUAAAGUGGCCACUAAACCCACCUCUAUAGUGGCCACUAUUUUCCGUUUUAGUGACCACUUCAGUAGUUUUUCAUCCAGUAUUACUUCCAGUAACUCUGAUAAUAUUAAAACAAACAGAUUGGACCAGUUACGAUGAUCAUUACCCCUAAAACUUUUAGUGGUCUAGUAUUAAAACUUAGACCUCUUUAUUGCCGCUAGCUUUUAAUUCCUUAAGUGGCCACUAAUUUGACUACUAUAGUGGUCACUAAAACGUCAAAACCCUACAGUGGCCACUAAAAAUUUUCCCAGUAUCAACUCCUGCAGUUUGAGGGGUAGGCCGCACCCCGGGGUGGGAUCCAGCCGACGUAUGCUUAAAAUGUUCUUUUUCCAACUGCAGCUGGUCAAUGACUCUGGUAAUGAUGGGACUGGCGCCUCUUAUCGUACUCUCUGGGGCGUGGAUGAGCAAGCAGAUGGCAACAAGGUAGAAGAAAAUGGACGGAAAGCAAGGGAAUCGUUUUUGAGGACGAAGAUCGAACAGGAGACGUACGCUGUGGCAGGAGCCAUCGCCGAAGAGACGUUCUCCUCCAUCCGAACCGUCCAUGCACUCAACGGUCAUCGUCGGGAGCUCGACAGGUUUCCGAUUUGAGCCAUACAUCUCUCAUCUUCUCAUAUCCAUGUAGAUUUGAAAAGGCGUUGGAAGUCGGGCGGAAAACAGGAAUCAUCAAAUAUUUCUACAUGGGAGUCGGCGUGGGUUUCAGCAACUUGUGUAUGUAUGCGAGUUAUGCUCUUGCCUUUUGGUAGGUUCAAAAUGAAAUCGAGUUUUUGCAAGAUGGAUUUGAAGGUACGGUAGUACGAUAAUCAUCAACGAUCCUUCUUUCGAUCGCGGUCUCAUCUUCACGGUUUGGAACACAAUCGCGCCAAUUCGAAAUGAUCCAGGUUUUCUUCGCUGUCAUGUCCGGAUCGACGGCUCUCGGAGGAGCGUUACCGCACUUGGGAAGUAUGGCGGUCGCCAAAGGAGCCGCCGCUUCAGUACUUCGGGUCAUCAACUCGGUAUGUUCAAUUGUUCUUUUCAAAUGGGUCAAAACUCGGGGGGAGAACGGAAUGCCAGCGCGCAUGCAUCAGUUUAGAGAGCACGCUAAAAUUGGAGUGACCAGACUCCCACUCUCCUCGCUUUACACGAGCGCGUCUGGUCUCUCUAAACUCACCGUGGUCUUUAAACUGAUGCAUUCGCGCUGGCAUGCCUUUUUCCCCUUAAAUACAACGCCGCUUUUUGGCGAUUCAUGGGCAUCUAGCUCAAUGAGGCAUAACCUAAACUGUGGUUUACUUCUGAAAGAGACUAAAAUCACGAUGUCUAUUCUUUUGUGUAUACUGGUAUUUUGCUCUUGCUCCAAAUUUUUUUCGAAGGCUUGCGAAAGAAGUUAUCCUUAUCAAAAUUUGUCAAAGAUAUUGAAGAAAAUAGAGGCUUCUUUUUAUACUUCUAGAACAGUGGAGAAAAUUUUCAAAAUUAUCGAAUUUUCACACCAAUUUGACCUCUUUCCGUAAAGACGAAAAAAAGUUUUCAAAAGCUUAAUCUGAGCUAACCACUUGAAAACUCGUUAGAGAAGGCUGGAACUUGCAAAACCACGGAAUUUUUCCCUCUUUCUUGUUUUAUUUGUAACUAACAAACCAUAGAAAUGGAGAAGAAACGGUAAUUUUCGUUCUGCAGCACCCAACUAUCGAUCCCUACUCGCUGGACGGAGUCAUACUGACGGAAAUGAAAGGAGAAAUCCGCAUUGAAAACGUUCACUUCCGGUAUCCGUCUCGCAAGGACAUUCCAGUAAGGGAAUUUGAUGGGACCUGGACUCCGUGGAUCUCAGGUCCUGCGAGGAGUUUCCCUCAACGUGAACGCCGGCGAGAAGAUUGCGCUCGUGGGCGCCAGCGGCUGCGGAAAAUCGACGAUCGUGAAUCUGCUCCAGCGUUUCUACGACCCUUUCAAAGGCAAAAUUUCCAUCGAUGGGAUCGAUGUCAAAGACCUCAACGUCCACUUUCUACGAGAUCAGAUCGGCAUCGUGAGUCAGGUUUGAAAGAAAUAGAUGUCCCUUGUUAUAUGCAAAUAAUUUCGAGGAGCCCGUCCUUUUCGACGGCACCAUUUUUGAGAACAUCAAGAUGGGCAACGAAAAGGCAACACAAGAACAAGUUACUGAAGCGUGCAAAAUAGUGAGAACUUUCCUCGACACUCAAAUAUUUCGACUUGAGGCAAACGCAGCAGACUUCAUCAAACGGCUCCCAGAAGGAUACAGUACCCGUGUUGGCGAGAAAGGAAUUCAGCUGAGCGGAGGGCAGAAACAGAGAAUAGGUAUUACAAACGCAGGAAAAAAAACUAACUAGGAGAUCAUGUUUUUCUGAUUUUGGAUGAAGCUUACUUAAAAACUCUAAAGCCUAAUUCUGAACACCCCGCAAAAAUAUACUGAUAUAGUCCGUUCGGCGCGACUUGACAGUUGUCUCUCUGUUCCCUCACCGGCGAGGACACAAAAACGCGGAAAUAGUGCGUGAAUAAGAGAGAGUCGCCGAGAGACAAGGAGGGCGCAGAGAAGUUUUUCGAGUCGCGAGUAACGGCCUAUAAAAAUAAUGAGAAAAGAGGAUUUGGCAAACAAAUUAUUACGCAAAAAUUAUAGCCAUUUAUUCAAUUUUCAUAAUUUUUUCUCAACUCAGAAAAUUUUCCCUCUUUUCAAAAAGUGUUUUCGAAACUUUUUUUUUCAAGUCCACCAUGAAAAAAGCCGCAAGAAAAGUUUCAGCUAUCGCUCGAGCCAUUGUCAAAAAUCCGUCCAUCCUUCUACUGGACGAAGCGACGAGUGCCUUGGACACAGAGGCCGAAACCGAAGUGCAAGCCGCCCUCGAAAAAGCCCAACACGGUCGCACCACCGUAAUCGUCGCGCAUCGCCUGUCGACCAUCCGCCGAGUAGAUCACAUUUUUGUAUUCAAGGUUUUGCUACACUUUUUUUGAAAUUGACGCAAUUGUUUCAGGAGGGUGUUAUUGUCGAGUCUGGAUCUCACGAAGAACUGAUGGAUAAAGAAGGAGUCUUUUUUGGUAUGACACAGGCUCAGAAAGUGAGACAGGAGCAGAAACAGGCGGACCGAGGUUCGUGGAUUUGAUAGAUUACUAGUACUUCUAGGCUCAUUAUUUACUUUUUUUUUUCAAUUACUUCUAGGCUGAUUUUUUACUCAAAUUUUACAAGGUAAUUGCGCUCCUAGGAUGUUAAUUAAGUACGGGCGGGAUCUCGGCUAAACUUUAGUCGGGCUUUUUUCUUGUAAACGAACUGCAGAAUAGCCUUUUUGGUAUUAUUUCAAUAACGCCUCAGUGUCAGCCGGCCUAGACCACACCCAUGAUUUUUGGUAUCAUACUAGAUACCUUUUUUUUCUCUGCCUACCUUUGUUGGGGAUAAAACUUAACCAUAAGUCAGUCAAACAUAUUUUGAAAAUACCAAGUUCUGAGCUACGAUCAAACAAAUGGCGAUACUCAGGUAUUUUUGUGACAUAAACGUACAAAGUUCCUCAAGAAUGAACUGACACAGUAAUUUUUAACUUGUUUUGUCUUGAACGGCUUUCGAUUUGGAUUCGUUCGAUAUAGCUGAUUCACGGCUGGCUUGAGCCAUCGAAAAAAGGGUCCUGACACGAUAAUGCACGAGACAGCGCCUGGCUCGUGGAGAGCGCAGACAGGACACGCCCCCUUAGCGUCCCAAGCUGGCCGUAAAUCAGCUAUAUACGAUUACACCCGAGAAAAAUCAAUAUAAUCGACAUGUCUUCUUUUCCAGAGAUCGAUGCCGAAAUGUCAGAACUGGCGUCGCUUUCAAGCAGAAAAUCGUCAAGCGCCGAGCGCGCUUCGUUGGCUCGUAAGAGCUCCAGUCGAAGCGUUAUGUCGAUGAGAACGUCCGUCAGAAGUCUCGAACUCGAGGCUGAGGUUGCGAUCCGGGGUCGACACCUAAAACUACGAAAACUGCAGGACUUGAAAGCACCACCGACGCCGUUGUCAAAGAUUUUCUCGUUCAACCGCGACAAGUUGGGCUGGUUCUUCUUGGGUCUCUUCGGUGCUUGCAUUUUUGGCGGAGUCACUCCGCUUUUCGCUCUUGUUUAUGCUCAGAUCUUUGACGUUUACUCUGAGGUUUCUUCCCCACUAAAACGAGUUGCCUCAGGUCUACUCAGAGCCGGUAGCGAAAAUGAAGAGCGACGUGUGGUUCUGGUGUGCCAUGUUUGUGUUGAUGGGAAUUGCCCACGCCGUCGGAUUUUUCAUUUCUGUUAGUUUCAUUCAGUUUCAACACGCCUCGGUCUUUGAUUUAAAGCUAUAAUCAUGUGUACCAUUUUUUUCUUACUGUCGAAUCUUCCCCCUGGUUGAAAUUUAUCUUGUUUUUGAGUUAGGACCCUUCAAAAGCUUGAAAUAUAGUCUGUUCAGAUUUUGAAUGUCAAGUCGUCGCUCAAGCUCCGCCCCUAAUGGUGCGAUCAACCAAUUAGAGAGCGAGCCAUCCACAGAGCGUUUUCCAAUGACGUCAUUGCACUUGACAUUAAAAAUCUGAACAGACUAUAGCGCUUUUUGGCAGAAUUUGCAAAAUUUGUGAACUUUGAAGCUUCAUAACUCGUAAAAGCAUUUCCUCGAUAUAUGAAUGAUAGGCCAUCAUUUCAAAAAUAUUUGAAAAAAAUGCAACUACACAAAAAAAGUCUUUCUUUUCAGGCGAACUCGUUAGGACGCUGUGGAGAAGGCCUCACGAAAAAACUACGAUUUGAAGCGUUCAAGAAUUUGCUGCGACAGGACAUUGCUUUCUACGACGACUUGCGACACGGCACCGGAAAGCUGUGCACCCGAUUCGCGACAGACGCCCCCAACGUUCGCUACGUGUUCACGCGACUGCCAGUGGUCAUCGCCAGCGUGGUGACCAUCAUCGGUGCCCUCGUCGUCGGCUUCGUUUUCGGCUGGCAACUGGCUCUCGUGCUCGUCGUCAUGGUGCCGCUGAUCGUGAUGAGCGGCUACUUCGAGAUGCAGAUGCGCUACGGAAAGCAGAUGCGCGACACCGAACUGUUGGAAGAGGCCGGCAAGGUGGCGAGUCAGGCCGUCGAGCACAUCCGAACCGUUCAGUCGCUCAAUCGCCAGCAACAGUUCCACUUCACCUACUGCGAGUUCCUGCGCGAGCCUUACAAGUGAGCGGCGAAAGUUCCCUCCGUUCUAAUUGCUAAGGCCAGCCAUAAUUACAAGAACUAUCAAACUUUAUUUUUGAUAAAAAAGAUGUCUCAGUUGAAGUUUUAUAUUAAGUUAAAUCUCUGAUGUGUUCAGAACGAACAUGCGUCAGGCUCACACCUACGGCGCGGUAUUCGCCUUCUCCCAGUCGCUCAUCUUCUUCAUGUACGCCGCCGCCUUCUUCCUCGGCUCUUUGUUCGUCGACAACGGCUCCAUGCAGCCGACGGACGUCUACCGCGUCUUCUUCGCCAUCUCCUUCUGUGGUCAAAUGAUCGGCAACACGACUUCGUUCAUUCCGGACGUCGUCAAGGCUCGACUCGCCGCCUCGCUUCUCUUCUACCUCAUCGAACACCCCACGCAGAUCGACUCCCUUUCCGACGAAGGUCUCAGAAAGGUUGCUGAUCAUCCAUUCUUGAUUGAUAAGGGUUUCCAGAAAAUCUCCGGCAACAUUAUUCUGAGAAACCUUCAUUUCAAUUACCCAACGAGGAAAGAGACAAAAGUCCUUCAAGGAUUCAAUUUGGAGGUCGGUUCUGCGGCUUUGAACGAUCAUUUUUUCCUCUUGUUGCUUCAGAUCAAACCCGGUCAAACAGUGGCGCUCGUAGGUCACUCAGGCUGUGGAAAAAGUACUGUAAUGGGGAUGUUGGAGCGGUUUUACGGUCCAGAACGAGGACAGAUCGUGAGUUCCGACAUUCUUUGAAAUCAGAAAAAAAUGGUUGGUCUAGAUGAUUGACGGCGAAAACAUAAAGAGCUUGAACAUUCGGUCGCUCCGUGAGCAACUCUGCAUCGUUAGUCAGGUCGGUUCAAAAAAAAAAGAGUUCUCUUCUAGAAAAUGUUAAGUCUCACUUUAGGAGCCGACACUGUUUGAUUGCACGAUAGGCGAGAACAUUGCCUACGGGUUGGACCGCCCGCUGAGUCACCAAGAGAUGGUCGCCGCUGCCCAAAUGGCCAAUAUCCACACCUUCAUCUUGGGGCUUCCUGAGGUUUCAUUCUUUUCAAUUUUAUAUCCAUAAUUCAGAACAAAAGAGUGUGUUCACUUGUUUGAGAUGAGAAUGUAGGAAUUGAAACCAUUAGGAGUGAAGAUUAAAAAGAGAAAGACAGGCUUAUUGAAUUUUAAAAAAAAUCAUAACGAGAUCGGCCAAAGAGAAUGGUUUAUUAUGUUACUUUCGAAAAAAAAAACUUUUUUUUCGCUUCUACCUUGAUCCAGGUAUAGUUUGAUUGAAAACCAGUAAUCUACUCUUAAAGCCCCCAUUUUUUCCUAUUUUUAAGACCUUUAUUAGACCCUAUAAGACCCUUAAACCAGCAAAAAUCGAACUGAAGGAAAAAAAAAAUUAUAUGCACAUUAGUCCGUUCGCCGCGACUUGACAGUUUUCGCGUGUCUGCGUCUCUCUGUUCCCUCGCCGACGAGGUCAGAGAAUCAUGGAUAUAGCACGUCAACAUGAGAGAGACGUCGAGAGAUAAGGAGGGCCCAGAGAACUCCUGCCCUUUCAAGCCGCGAAAAACGGACUAUGGAAAAAAAUUUAAAAAAAUGCGAACACAAUAUAAAGAGAUAUGCAAAAAUACUGAUCAAAUAACGAUUCUUGAAGGGGUACGACACAAACGUGGGUGAAAAAGGUGCCCAACUGUCAGGUGGGCAAAAGCAACGAAUAGCAAUUGCUCGGGCACUAGUCAGAGCACCUCCAGUUCUGCUCCUCGACGAAGCAACGAGUGCUCUGGACACCGAGUCCGAGAAGGUUCAUUCCCAGCUUGGCUCACCACAUUUUCUUGCUUCAGGUAGUCCAGGAGGCUCUGGAAGCCGCGCGGCAGGGCCGCACUUGCCUCGUCAUUGCUCACCGCCUCUCAACUAUACAGGAUAGUGACGUCAUCGUCGUCGUCCAGGACGGCAGGGCUGUUGAUUCUGGUGAGUGUCCUGAGGUUGUAUGCAGUAAAGUUUUAGUUUUCGAGAAUGAGAUCGUAAAAGUGGAGAAUAUGUUUGUUUCAUACCUUUUAAAAUUCGAAUAUUUGGUUGAAGUUGUUGAGAACUUCUACACACUUCGGAGGUGCUAAAAGCUUGUCAGAGCUCAAAAGUUGAAAAUUUCAAUUUACCGAUCGAUUGGAUCCUUUUAAUUACAAGUUUUACUUAUAAGCUGUAUCUGAUCUAAGCUUCUAAGCUGUUUAGUCCGGGGGAUUAUUCGGAAAAAAGAGUUCUAAAAGCCAUAGAGUGCUAGAAAAAGCUGGUCGAAGAUCUACAGGGAACGCUAGACAAUUGCUUGUUUUUUUCAGAACUUUUAUUCAAAGCGGUUGGUUUCGAAAAUGAAAACCUGAAAAAGGCAGUUCUCAGGCGGUUCAUGUACCUUUUCGACAAGUACAAAGUUUUUUUGUUGAGUAUUUUGAUCGAAAUUCACAACAGAAGUAAGGAACAUCUUUGAUGUUCUUAGGGUCUACAGUCUCUUCUCCCUAAAGGGCCCUUGGAGGGUCCCCUCUAGUGACCACUUUACCAAACCCUAUUGGGGCCACUAAAGCUUGCAAAAGUGGUCAAAAUGUUUCAGAUAGUGGUCCCUAUAGGGGCAUGCUAGUCAAUAGUUUUUAUGAACUCUAUGCGAGGAAGCAUUUCCAGGCGCAAAACCAAAGAAAUAAGCGUUUUUAAAAGAAAUGGAAAGACCCCUAUAGGGUCCACUUAAGUUUUAGAGGCUAAGGGGUCAGACCUUAAAUUUCUAUAGGGAACACCUUGAUUUUACCCCUAUAGAAGUUUGUACACGAUUUUCUCUCUACAAGGGUUCUACACGAAUUUUCAACUUUUAACGCUUCACAGAAAAUUUCGGUUUCGAGUCAGUAGAAAUCUACAGAUGGAGAACUGAACUUUUUCGAAACUUUCCUACUCGAUAUUUUAUCUCUUUCUGCAUACUUCUCAAAGUUUUUAGAAUCCCGUGUUUUUUUUCUCAUCCAUAUAUUCCAGGUACACAUGAAACGCUAAUCCGGACAAACGCUAUCUAUAAGAAACUCUGCGAGACGCAAAGGAUCGUCGAAGAUUCUUGA